CUCGGCGUUCUCAGGAGAGGGACUGGCGAGGCGACCCGGGUCAGCGAGGCCGGGGUCCGGUUGUGGCCCGCGGAGCCCCGCUCGCCUGCACCAGCGUCUGGUCACUUCGAGCCGAGGGCCUGAGCGUGGCGGACAGAUUUGGGAGGCUGGAGGACAUCUGGGGGCCACAAAUGCUCCUUUUACUAGAGACUCAACUCAAGGGGCACCGUUCAACCCCCUUCUGCAUGGAGAAGCUCCAGGAUCCUUCCUCCAAGGAUCCUUGAAGGCAGAAGGAGCAGCCACCUCCCACUCGUGGCUGCUGCAAGCAAGCUGCUUUGACCUCUUUCUGGAGCUGGGCUUGGUGCUGGAGUCCGAGUCUCCGGCCCAGGGUGGGUCCGAUGGUCUUGCUUGCACCCUGUAUCCCCCGACAGACGCCCGUGAAGUUUACUAAGUGGGUGACCCCAGAGAGCUCGCCCCACACUCCGACUCCGAGUCCAGCGCUCGGUCCACUGCACGGGGACGUCGCGCCCCGGAGCUGCGUCCCCUCUGCCCUUCGCGUUCCGGUGCCCCGCCCGCGGAACGCCCCGAUCUCCAGGGGCGCGGAAGGCCGGGGCCAGACUGGAGAGACCGGAGCAGUUAGCUGACUGGCGGGCGCCGCUAGCCUCCCGGUCAUGUGACACCCCGGGCAACGUGCGUCGUCACGUGACGGCGGAGCCUGCGAACGUUUUUCUCACGUGACGGAGGCGCCUGCACAUGGACCAAUGGGGAGAUGGGGGCGGAGCCGGCAGGGGCGGUGCGCGGGAAGGGACCCCGGGCUCGGCGGCCGCGGAGAGCCGGGCAGUGCUGGCCCUGGUUUGGGCGCCGGGGCAGCAUGAAGUGUCUGGUCACCGGCAGUAACGUGAAGGUGCUCGGCAAGGCCGUCCACUCCCUGUCCCGCAUCGGGGACGAGCUCUACCUGGAACCCUUGGAGGACGGGCUCUCCCUCCGGACGGUGAACUCCUCCCGCUCUGCCUAUGCCUGCUUCCUCUUUGCCCCACUCUUCUUCCAGCAGUACCAGGCCACCACCCCCGGUCAGGACCUGCUGCGCUGUAAGAUCCUGAUGAAGUCCUUCCUGUCUGUCUUCCGCUCACUGGUGAUGCUGGAGAAGACAGUGGAAAAAUGCUGCAUCUCCCUGAACGGCCAGAGCAGCCGCCUGGUGGUCCAGCUGCACUGCAAGUUCGGGGUGCGGAAGACUCACAACUUGUCCUUCCAGGAUUGCGAGUCCCUGCAGGCCGUCUUCGACCCAGCCUUGUGCCCUCAUGUGCUCCGCGCCCCAGCACGAGUCCUGGGGGAGGCUGUCCUGCCCUUUCCUCCUGCGCUGGCUGAAGUGACGCUGGGCAUUGGCCGUGGCUGCAGGGUGAUCCUGCGCAGCUACCAUGAGGAGGACGCAGAUAGCACUGUCAGAGCCAUGGUGACUGAGGUGUGCCUUGGGGAGGAGGACUUCCAGCAGCUGCAGGCCCAGGAGGGGGCGGCCAUCACCUUCUGCCUCAAGGAAUUCCGGGUAAUUUCCAGCCUCAGGACAGGGAAGGGCACUGGGAUGCCAGGAGCUGAAUGGGAUGACCUAGCUUGGGGCUCCCCUCCCCGGCCCAGGCCUGCCAUCUUCACCGUCAAGGACUCUUUGCUGGACGGCCACUUUGUCUUGGCCACACUCUCAGAGACAGACUCGUACUCCCAGGACCUGGGCUCCCUGGAGCGCCACCGGCCAGUGCCUCAGCUCCAGGCUCACAGCACACCCCACCCGGACGACUUCGCCAACGAUGACAUCGACUCUUACAUGAUUGCCAUGGAAACCACCAUAGGCAAUGAGGGCUCGAGGGCGCUGCCCUCCAUUUCCCUAUCGCCUGGCCCUCAGCCCCCCCAGAGCCCCGGCUCCCCCUCCGAGGAGGAAGAUGAGGCUGAGCCCAGUACUGUGCCUGGGACUCCCCCACCCAAGAAGUUCCGCUCGCUGUUCUUCGGCUCCAUCCUGGCCCCCGUAGGCUCCCCGCAGGGCCCCAGCCCUGUGCUGGCUGAAGACAGUGAGGGCGAAGGCUGAACUGAGAAGCUGAAGCCUGUACCAGGAGGCCUUGGGCCAGAUGAAGCCCCAGCCAGUGGCAGAGCUGGGUCUCAGCCCUGGGCAUCAGGAAGGUGGGCCUGCUGGAGCUGAGCUGUUCCGCUGCCUCUUGCAGGCCCCAGCUGCCACUGUGAAGCUGUCCCGCAGUGGUUGGGCCUCGGUCCUGUCAUCUCUCUACAACCCCCAGCCAAUCAUGACUCUCCAGACCUGGUCCUGAACUACUGAUGUUCCUGUUCCCCACUGAACAUCAGGUUAUACUCCAGCUGGCCAGGGCUGGAAACCUGUCUCCCUCACUCACCUUCCCAAGGAAUAUGUCACAGCAGGUGCUGCUGGCCCCUGCCGACCCAGCUAUUCCUUCCUGAAGUCCUGGGCGUGCAUCUGGGACCCCCUGGAGCUGACAGUUUUUCUUGCUUUCCUGAGACUCUUGGAA